CAAAACAACCAGACAAAAAGCCCAAAAACACAGAGGCCCUCAUCUUAUAAAGAUAGAUAAACCCUAAUCCCUCGUCCCCCUUUCAUCUUGUGCCUCCAGCCGAACAUCCUCGUAUCUCCCUCUGCAACCAUGGCUGUCGGCAAGAACAAGAGGAUCUCGAAGGGAAAGAAGGGAGGCAAGAAGAAGGCAACUGACCCAUUCGCUAAGAAGGAUUGGUAUGAUAUUAAGGCUCCUAAUGUGUUUCAAAACAAGAAUGUUGGCAAAACCCUUGUUAGCAGAACUCAGGGUACCAAGAUUGCUUCUGAAGGACUCAAACACCGAGUGUUCGAGGUUUGCCUUGCUGACCUUCAGGGAGAUGAGGACCAGGCUUAUAGGAAGAUUCGCCUGAGAGCAGAGGAUGUGCAAGGGAAGAAUGUGCUUACAAACUUCUAUGGAAUGGACUUCACAACUGACAAGUUGAGGUCUCUGGUACGCAAGUGGCAGACACUGAUUGAAGCUCAUGUAGAUGUGAAGACAACUGAUAGUUAUACUCUGCGAAUGUUUUGCAUUGGAUUUACCAAGAAACGUGCAAAUCAGCAGAAGAGAACCUGCUAUGCCCAAUCUAGCCAGAUCCGGCAGAUUCGCCGUAAGAUGGUUGAAAUUAUGAGGAAUCAGGCUAGCUCUUGUGAUCUUAAGGAGCUGGUGGCUAAGUUUAUCCCUGAAUCUAUUGGCCGAGAGAUUGAGAAAGCAACUUCGAGCAUCUUCCCUCUCCAAAAUGUCUUUAUCCGCAAAGUCAAGAUCCUGAAAGCACCUAAAUUUGAUAUUGGCAAAUUGAUGGAGGUUCAUGGUGACUACUCUGAGGAUGUUGGUGUGAAGCUCGAGAGACCAAUUGAGGAAACAAUGGUAGAAGGAGAAACCGAAGUCGUUGGAGCAUAAAUAAUCAUGUUUAAUCUGUGUACUGUGCUUAUAGUGUUAUCUCUGGUUUGGAAUCUCAUUGAAAUCUAAACUAGACAAGUUUUUGUUAUGUAUUUAGAAUGACAGUAUGAAUUGGAUUCUAAUUUUGGGAUACAGCAGCCAUGCAAUUUGAAAGAUAUUGCGACCUUUGUAUUCUCA